AUGGGCGCCAGAUACUCUAAGAAGCGCCAUAAGCCUCGUAUAAGCAAAUCUCAGAUUCCAUGGCUUUUACGUGGAGCUAUAAGAAGCAAUAACGUUGGAACGCUGCAGUAUCUUUUCAGUUAUCCAAAUGGUGUGGACCCAAGUAUGGUCAUCGAUGGUGUUUGUCCUCUUAAUCUGGCAGUUGAAUUGGGGUAUUUACAAAUGGUCAAAAUCCUUAUCAAAGCAGGUGCAGAUAUUUACGUGGCUGACGCUCCUCGAUAUCCGCUUCAUCAAGCAAGUUUAUUUGGUCGUGCAGACAUCGCUGAACUUCUUAUUCGAUCCGGUGCUUCUGUAUCUGCGCUCACUGAACGUCGACAGUCUUGCCUACAUUUACUAGCCCAUCAAACUGCCCAGCGGUACGUUGAUACAGCUAAAAUUCUCCUAAAAUAUCAUGCCAAUCCCAAUACAUUAGAUGAUGAUGGCCUUGCUCCACUGCAUCGAGCAUCAGUUGAAAUCGUUGAAGUCUUAGUUGCACAUGAAACCACUGACGUAAACAUCUGUAGUCGUGAUUUAGAUACACCUCUUCUAACCGCUGUAAAAGAUCGCAGAGAAUUAAUUUUAAUUGCCCUUAUCCGUGCAGAUCAACAAUUUCGUGAACAACAUCGUAAAAAUGUUAGCAAUAUUAUAAGUACAACUGUGAUUGAUAAUCAGUCUGGCAGUGGCGGUGAUGGACAUUGUCGUGUAGGUAAUAAUGCAAACGCCUUGCGUACACCAUCUUCCAAAUCAUCGAAUUCAGCUGCUUCGCGAUUCACCUUAGCCUCUGCUACAAGUACAAUACUUCGAGGUGCAAUUUCGUCAAAUGAUUGUGCAGUACCACCACGUGCAUCAUCUGCAGCUUCAGUUAAUACACACUCAGUAUUUAGUACAAAUAAUCCAAAAUCAAUUGUUAGUCGACAUAUUUUAACUUCACAACUUCUACGCUCUAAACACAAUAAAGUUUUAGAUGAUCAAGAUACUGAGCUUGAAUCGGACUCGAAUGGCAUUAAUCUACGUUCAUGUAUUUCAAGAUUAAGUGGAAAAAAUCAUACAUUUUUGCAUCCUGAACCAGUUGUUGUUGUUGAUCCUAUCGUCAAAUCAAGCUAUAGUGGUAGUUCCAAUCUAUCUAAUGUUAUCCGUAAACCCGAAAAUUGUCAACGGUGUCACAGUGUAGGAAAUCCAAGUGAUGUUGCUCGUUGGUGGCAAAGCUGCGAUCGAGUACAACGUAUACUUGGUAAAACUACAGUAUUGUCGAAUAAUGCUACUAAUAAUCAGUCAUUACAAACAACUCAAAUCUCAUUCAAUCAUACUAACUGUUUACAGUCGAAUUUUGGAGCACUUCGACCACGUUUAGAUGUUGAUCGACCAGAUAAGAUCGGCAUGACACCGUUAAUGAUUGCAGCUGAGGCUGGUUCAAGUGGAUUGAAUAUGGCUAUAGCAUUAGUAAAUGCUGGUUCUAGUCUAUCAUUAACUGAUAAAGUUGGUAUGACUGCAUUACAUCAUGCUUGUUAUGUUGGUUCAUUGAUUAUGGUACGUUAUUUAAUGGAACGUGUUCAACCAAUGUGUUGUAAUACAACAACAACAUCAACUUCUAAAACUAUUAACAAUACACUCACCGGAUCAAAUGCUCGGUUAUCAUCGGCUAUAUCGUCUAAUUCACCUGGUCUAGCAGGUCGUAACAGUAAUAAUAAUAAUAAUAAUAUUGUUCAUUUGACAACUGCAUCAUCAUCUCCACUGCCAUUACAACCACCACCUCCAAGUCGUCUUUCAAAUCCUGAAUUGUUAAAUGUUCAGGAUAAAUAUGGUCGAACAUUGAUUUAUUUAGCUGCUUGUCGUGGACAUAGUGAAGUUGUGAAUUACCUAUUAUGCCAUUCAGCUGAUGUACAUAUAACAAAUAAAGAGAAUAAAUCACCAUUGUAUAUAAGUGCUUAUUUUGGUUACCUAGAGAUCGCUAAUGCACUUCUACGUCAUGGUGCUCAGGUUGAUCAAAUGGAUUCACAUAGGAAAACACCUUUAUAUGUAGCAACAUAUCAUGGACGAUCAGAAAUUGUUGAUCUUCUCUUAACAGCUGGUGCCAAUGUGAAUGCAGCUGAUAAAAAUGGUAAAACGCCAUUGUAUGUGGCAGUGCUGCACGGUCAUUUAGCUUUAGCUCGUAAAUUAUUAGACGCUGGUGCAUCAGUUAAUCGUGUUGAUCAUGAAGGUCUUGGACCAUUGCAUAUGGCAGUAAAAUUUCCUAAAUUAGAUAUACCAAUGGUUAAAUUAUUAUUAAAUUAUGGAUGUGAUCCAGUGAAUUUAGCUAGUUUCACCCGAUGGUUAUUAGUGCAUGGAAUAAUACCAGAAGAAUGUAUACAUGGUGAUGA